GAUUUAGGUGGUAGGGAUGGAGUUAUCUGUUGUUGGAAUGUGCCGAGCACAACAGGCGAUCCGUAUGAGGCUUACGAUCCGAAAGUGCUGAGUGAGAGUUUGCGUGGGCAUAAGGAUGCCAUAUGGUCAAUAGCGUAUCAUUCAUCUGACAAUCGGCUAGUUUCUGCCUCUUCCGAUGGAACUAUUAAAUUAUGGGAGCCAGGUAAUUUCGGUGAACCACUGCUGCGAACCUUAGAACCGCCCCUGGCUGGACUUGUACCUACUUCUGUUGAUUUUGUAUCUACCGAACCAAGCCAACUCCUAGCUGCAUACACAUCCUCAACAGCUAACAUAAUCGAUAUUGAGACGGGCGCCACCAUACUUACCUUUGAUUUUGGGGACGAUGUAGUACCUGGGUGUCGGAUCACGCGAAUUCUCUCACAUCCAACAAUGCCUUUGACUAUCACUGCAGGUGAUGACAGGAAGAUCCGUUACUUCGAUAAUCAUACAGGGAAAUUGACUCAUAGCGCUGUGGCUCAUGUAGAAGGAAUCUCAUCUUUGGCCAUAGACCCGAAUGGUUUGUAUCUGUUGUCAGGAAGCCAUGACGGAAGUUUAAGAAUGUGGAAUAUGGAAAAGCGUGUUUGUUUGCAGGAGAUCUCUGCGCAUCGCAAGAAGUACGAUGCGUCUGUGACCUGUGUGGCUUUCCACCCGUCGCGACCGCUCAUAGGAUCAGCUGGAGCUGAUUCAUUGGCUAAAGUUUACUGUCCCGCGUCUUCCUAA